CGUGUGCUGCUGCCAGUGGCAGUGCUGGCAGGUGCGGGAGCCCAUCCCAUCCCCGUGUCGACAUCGGGGUGUAUUAGGAGCUAAGUGGAGGGUUAGUGAGGACUCCUUAGACUGGAGGAAGCGGCGUGGUGCCAGUCUGGGCUGGUCUCUGCGAUUACGUCCCUGCGGGUGUGUCAGCUAAAAGCCCGCAGGGAGUGGUGCAGCACUGACACAUGCGAGCCUAGCGGAGCCCGAGCGGCCACGGCGUCAGCUGAGGAGCGAUGGCAUCGGCAUCUCCCACUGCAGCCACCUCGCAGUCCACCCUGCCCUCCGGACCGGUCGUCUUCAAAACCAUCCCCUACGCCUUCAUCCUGCCGGAGAUAAUCUGCGGGGCCUGGGUUUGGAUCCUCGUUGCUGCUACCUCAGUCUCCUUCCCACUGCUGCAGGGAUGGGUUAUGUACGUGUCCCUCACCUCCUUCCUCAUCUCCCUGUUGCUCCUCAUAAGUUACCUCUUCGGCUUUCACAAAAACAGCAACAACUGGAAAGUGCUGGAUAGUUUGUACCACGGUGCCACAGCCAUUCUGUACAUGAGCGCUGCUGUCUUGCAAGCCAACGCGACAAUCAACUCCGAGUUCAGCUUCAGCUCACCACGCUACUACCAGCUCAACUGUGCGGCAUCGUUCUUCGCCUUCAUCACGACCUUCCUGUAUAUCCUUCAUGCCUUCAGCAACUACUACCAGUGAGCCUGGUGGAGAUGGCACCAGCUUCACAUCUUCAGGAUGAGGGCGUUCCUAGAGCAAAGGCAGCAGUGGGCUUCCAGAGGUGUCCUGGCACCUCCACCGACCCCGGCGAGACGUGGUUGUUCUUUCAGUUCAUUGAAAGAGGGUUUUUUGUACA